ACCAAUAUCUAUGUUAAAAUAAAUAAUAAAUAAAUUAGAUCCAUAUCAGUAAUAAGUAUCACCAGCCACACAACUUACAACUUUCUACCGACCGCAUUUGACAGACAGAUACAGGUCUUUGUUUGUAAUAAGUAUCAUUUUUACAUUUCAGUCGAGCUAGUAUUCAAUUUGUGCGUACUAUGAUUGUCAAACCUGGUUAUCUAUGAUCACAGGACUUCACCGAACAAAUAGUUUCCAAUUCUUUUAUAAAUUUCGCCGUUCAGUUUCAUCUCAAACACAUUAUGAUACGUUAGGAAUUAAAAAAUCCGCCUCGUAUAGUGAAAUUCGUUCAGAUUUUAUCGAACUAUCAAAAAAAUAUCAUCCUGACAAAAAUGACGGUGAUAUUAAGACGUUUAAAAGGAUCAACGAAGCGUACUCUGUUCUCUCUCAAGAGAACAGUAGACGAAUUUAUGAUUCCUCUUUAGUAUCAAGAGCUAAACCAUUAUUUACUAACUCGCCAAAUGAGUAUGAUGUUUCAGAUUGGGAACGUAAUUAUAAUUACCACUUGUAA